AUGGAUAAUACCAUAGGCGUGAAAAAAGGUGCAUGGACAUACGAGGAAGACAACUUACUCAAGGCUUACAUUAACAAGUAUGGUGAAGGAAAAUGGCAUUUAAUUCCUCAAAGAGCAGGUUCAGGAUUGAAUAGAUGUCGAAAAAGUUGUAGAUUGAGGUGGAUAAAUUAUUUAAAGCCCAACAUCAAUAGAAAAAGCUUUUCUGAGGAUGAAGUUGAUAUGAUCCUAAGGUUACACAAACUCUUAGGAAAUAGAUGGUCAUUGAUUGCUGGAAGGCUUCCGGGUAGAACAGCUAAUAGUGUGAAAAACUAUUGGAACACACACUUGUUGAAGAAGGUGGUUUCAAAACAAGAAGAAGAAAAAGAGAAACCAAUGGAGACAAUGAAAGCUCACCAAGUUAUUAAACCUAGACCUAUAACUUUUUCAACUCAAUCAUCUUGGUUGAAUGUGAAACACAAUAAUUUUGUGACACAACCAUUAUUGGCUUCAAACAAUGAUGGUUGUUUUCCUAGAGAUCGUGAUGACAAAAUGACUAUGGUUGUUCCUAACCAAAUUGGUAAAGAUUGUGCUUCUUCUUCACAACCAAUUCUAGGUAAUGUCCCAAUACCUUGUACAAUGUGGUCAGAAAGUUUAUGGAACUUGGGGGAGCAAGUAGAUAGUGAGAUAAUUGGAUCGUCCUCUUCAUUACAAGUGGAGAACUAUGAGGAGUUUUCAAUUGUUGAUGACUUUUGGGAUUUCAACAUUUGUGAUUAUGAUUCUCUUUGGGAUCUUUAG